AUGCCUGCAUUUAAUCAAAACCGCCCGCGCUCGCCGACUGCGAAGAAGCACAAGUGCCCGUACUGCGCAACAGAUUUUACACGGCAUCACAACCUCAAGAGUCAUUUGCUCACGCAUAGUCAUGAGAAGCCUUAUAUCUGCCCAACGUGCCAGGCAAGAUUUCGACGAUUACACGACCUGAAACGUCAUACGAAGCUGCAUACUGGAGAGCGUCCGCAUUCGUGUGCCAAGUGUGGUCGACGGUUCGCUCGUGGCGACGCUUUGGCCAGACAU